CACACACACACAAAGGAUCCUUCUUUGUUCUCUGAACCUAAUCAUUCAGCUCGAAGCUCGCUGAAAAUUGUUUGAAUUCUGUUAAUGCUGUUCGAUCUCACCUCAGAUUCACCUUCAACCUCUGCUCAAUCGAGCAACGGUUCAACCAUAAUCCACAGAUAAAUCAUGUUUGCACUGUGGUUGAGGAAUCAUGAUUAAGCCGGGUUAGGAUGGUACUGAUGGAUGCAAAUUACAAUGUAGAAAUGCAUCGACUGCUCUCUUUGCCAAAGAAGGGAAACGGAUGGUUUCUGAAAGACUAAUGGGAGAAGCAUCUCUUCGCCAAGAUUUUGAGGCUUUGAGUUUGUCUCGACGUCUCAUCAGAAAUGUUAGCCAAAAGUUGAAAAGAAAGAGCCACGAAGGUGAAGGGGAUGAAGAUGACAAUAUGAGAGGGGUUUCCAUUAGAUGUCUUACCUUGUAUGGUAGGGGUGGAGGCUGCAAAGUAGGUGCCGACACAAGUGAUGAGUUUGGGGAUACUGGUGGUAGAAGGCGAUCAAGUUCCAGUGAAGAAGGCAAGGGUUACCAUGCUAUUUGUGGAACUGAGGAGACCUCUGUGGAUUGUUUUCCUUAUGGAGUGAGGGAGAAGUUUUGGAGAAGGAAUAACAGGAAGGUGUUAGAACUUGAAGAAUCACCUCACAGCAGCAGAAUGCACGUGUUUCUUCCAGAUGACAUUCUCGAAAUGUGCUUAGCGAGACUCCCGCUGACCAGUCUCAAUAAUGCCCGCCUCGUGUGCAGAAAAUGGAGAAACCUGACUACAACUGCCCGGUUCAUGCAAAUUAGACGAGAAGGUUUGUAUCAGAGUCCGUGGUUGUUUGUGUUUGGUUUCGUUAAAGAUGGUUAUUGCUCAGGGGAGAUACAUGCGCUAGAUGUCUCUCUUAGCCAGUGGCAUAGAUUAGAUGCUGAAUUCCUCAAAGGGAGAUUCUUGUUUUCUGUUACCAGCAUCCGGGAUGAUAUUUACAUAGUUGGAGGUCGUUCUAGCUUGACCAACUAUGGGAGGGUGGAUAGGAGUUCAUUUAAGACACACAAAGGAGUGCUUCUAUUCAGCCCCUCAACUAAAUCAUGGCAUAAAGUUGCAGCCAUGAAGCAUGCAAGGUCGUCACCAGUUUUGGGAAUUUGCGAGAUCAGUUCAGAUUCUUUCAUUAUCCGAAACCAGCAAAAUCGUCAGGAGAGACGUUUCCCUAGGUCAAGAGUUGGUGGGGUAUCCGAUGUUUACGAGGAUCCCCAUAGGCUUUCUGUGAGACGCCAGCUCUGGAAUUCUGUCGAUGAGAACGAUUAUUCAUUGUUGCCGAAUAUAAAGCCAUACAGGUUUGUUAGGCAAAAAAGUGACCACUCCAGCACCAAAGAUGGUAAAAGGUUUGUGCUGAUUGCUGUAGGAGGGCUUGGAUCCUGGGAUGAGCCUUUGGAUUCUGGCGAAAUUUAUGACUCUGUAUCAAAUAAAUGGAUGGAGAUUCAGAGGCUGGCCGUAGAUUUUGGCGUAGUUUGCUCAGGGGCUGUUUGUGAAGGGGUGUUUUACGUUUAUUCGGAAAAUGACAAGCUUGCAGGGUAUGACAUAGACAGGGGCUAUUGGGUUGGAAUUGAAACACGUCCAUUUCCUCCUCGUGUUCACGAGUACUACCCAAAACUCAUUUCUUGUAACGGUCGCCUUUUCAUGCUGUCUGUCUCAUGGUGUGAAGGGGAUGGUCAAAUAGGGAGGAGAAACAAAGCUGUUCGAAAGCUCUGGGAGCUCAAUCCCAUGUAUCUGAAUUGGAAAGAGGUUUCAACGCAUCCGGAUGCUCCGAUGGACUGGAAUGCUGCAUUUGUUGCAGAUAGGAACCUAAUAUUUGGUGUUGAAAUGUUCAAAAUAUUUGGACAGGUAUUAGACUUCUUGACUGUGUGUGAUGUGUCCGAUACUGAAAUGAAGUGGAGCCACAUCUCAAGGAAUCAUAUGGCUCAUGAACUGGAUGCUUCUUCCUGCAUGACAAAAUCAAUGGCAGUUCUACAUCUCUAAUAUUCCCUAUUUGGCGUCAUCUUGAGAAUUUGAAGUUUCGUGGUGCAGAAUGUGGGCUGCCUGAUGUAAUAUUUCGGCCUCGAUUAGUUUGUACCACACAUGGUCUUCCUUGUCAUGGUUCUUGUUUGCUUUUGCUGCUUCAGCUUUCGUGUAAUUUGCUCACAAAAAGUUUGUCCGUUGACAGAUGAAUGUUUCGAUCUGUUUCGAUAGAUAUUGAUCAUUUAUUUAUCAAUUUAAUUUCUUUAGUAUGCUUAUUAA